GCGGGUCCUCCCCGUUCGAGCAUAUCACGCUCCCCCUGAUGGCAUCUUUGAGGCAGUUGCAUGGAGGUCCAAGCACCGCUGGCUCUGGACUACUGUGUCUGGUGGACGUGCACGGCGACUAAAGGCCAGCGGUCCGAGUUUAGCAGCCGAACGCCGUGCCGCCGGGCUGCCUUUGAGCAACGCCUCCGUGUCCCCUGUGUGGGUCUGAGCCGAUCAGAGGAGUGUCGUGCUGCCACCUUCAGGAGGAGCAGAGGAGCGGUCCGCAUGAAGGAGGCACAAGUGUGAUUUGGGUGAUGGUGUAAUGAGCCACUGAGAAAUGAGUAAUGGAGUUCAAUUAGAGACAGACGCGAGGGGACAGAACGAGUCCAGUCGUCCCGCCACGUCAUCACCAACUUCACAGGAAGACUCUUUCAAAAGACUCUUUCCCUCUACUUAGGUGAUGGGCUGCGUUUUAUUCAGCGUUACCAACAGUAAUCCAGAUGUUCACCCUCCAGACUAAUAACACACAGGAGAAUAUCUUUGUCAUUGAUCCAGAUGUGCAGGCUGAAUGUCACAUGGUCGCUGACUGCUGCAGUCAUAUAGGUGCAUAUGUAUGUAUACACACACACACUAACUAACAUAUGUAUGUAACAUAGUGAAGCUGAGGGCAAAGGUCAAAGCACACGCUGUAUAAUUUAGACAAAAGGCCUCAGGUGAUUGGUCGUAAUCUGGGCGAGGGGAUUAAAUGAAAUCUGUUUCAUGGGGACUGUGGUGACGCACACGGGAGCCUUUAUUGUGAAGGAGCCAUGGGAAACACAACCUGAUGCUUUCCCGCCCCAGAGGUUAUGUGUUUGAUACUUAAAUCUCUGUAAUAGUAAUCAGGAUUAUUUAAACACGGGGCGUUCAGGAGCCUCCUGCGAAAAGAUAGAAAAGGCUUUUGUUGUGAAGCAGUUUCUCAUCUUCACUGGGAGUUCAUGCGUUCAGUAUGUAAAUCACAGAAUUAUGUGUUUUUCUGUUUUAUCAAUAACCUGUUUUUCCACGCGAGGCGUUCAGGGACUGCUGUAAAACGGCCCCUCUUCACGCUGGUUUGUGAGUCCUUCGUCCAUCGCUCAUCCAGCGUAUGCUGCUCCUCCAGAAGUCACGUGGUCAGGACCUGGUUGUGUUCAAUGACUUCUGAGGUCCAGGAGGACACGUGACAUCUGUGACCUUCAGUGACCGGUUUGCUGCUAAAAACGUUCCAUGAUCAGAUCAUCUGAUGGAGAGAAGAUCGCUGAGGGGGCAAGCUGGUGAAGAUCAUGUGUGGCGAUGGAAAACCCCACAAUCCAAUUUACAACAGGAAAUAAAAUCCCCUCUUUGGGGUUUUUAAGAACCUCUUGAAUCUUUAUUUUUACUCCAAUAUGAUCAUUUGUUUAUUUUAUUUGUUCAUUCAAUAUUUUGGCCGUUUUGGACUUCUGUCUUCUGACUUUUGUCCCUCUUAGAAUCCAUCAACAUAAUUAGAAACAAAACCAAAUGAAUCGGAAAGCAACAAAUGAAUAAUCUAAAAAAACGGGUUGUGUAGUUUAAUUAACUUUGAUUUACACAUCUGUGUAAUUGAGUAAUUUGUCCCAGUCGUGGUUCUAUCUCAUGAAACGACCUUUAGUUCCUGCGAACAAAGCUCAUUUGUUUCACAUCAUUUGGACUCAACCCGUGUUUUUAUUCAGCAUUUAAAGAGACAGCGUCCCGACGGGGGGGUAGAAAUGCGCAGCGAGGCCAGUGAACGCACCACUCCGCUGACAGCACGCCGACCAGCAGCAGGCGCGCGCACUGGUCCCGGUCCCGGUCCCGGUCCAGAGGCUCCGGUCCCUCCACAGGACCUCACGGCUCUUUUACUCUGAAGGGAACGCUCGCGCACAGGAGGACGACUCAAAGCGUACGUGCACCGUGUGACCGGCCGCUCUGCUGAAGGUCCAACUCGUCCUUCUGGGGGGAACCGGAGAACCAGAUGUGGGUCCAGGUGUUUGACUGCGGGGACGCAACCAUGUGCAGGUCGACCGGAGGCGGCGGGCUGCUGCGGCUGCUGGUCUGUCUGCUGCCGCUGGUGGCCGGCAGCGGGGCCGAGGUCCAGGACGCCGCCCGCCAGGAGCCACGCGGCCCCGCGGUUGCCGCGACGACGAGGCCUCACAUCCACUUGUGCCGCUCUCCCAACAUGGAGGACUUCAGCUGCUGGUGGCGUCCGCUGGACAACCUGACGGACGGGGAGCAGGUGACCUACGACCUCAGAUACUCCCACGGCAAAGGGCCCUGGUUGGAGUGUCCCGACUACGUCAGCUCGGGGCCCUUCAGCUGCCACUUUGACAGCAGCCACACCUCCAUUUGGAAGGUGUACUGCCUGAAGGUGUCCGCCGUCACCACCCGCAGGAACUACACCUCCCAGAAGCUCUGCGUGGACGUGGCCGAUAUCGUUCAGACCGAGGCUCCGGUGAACCUCAGCUUCUCCCUGACGGACGCCGGGGGGGACGAGGUGGGCCACGCCGCCCUGCUGUCCUGGUCCUACCCGGUGCCCUCUGACCUCCGCUACGGCUGGAUCACGCUGGUCUACGAGCUGCAGUACCGCCGGCUCCGCGAGCCCGACGCCUGGAAGGUCAAGCACCCCCUGCGGGAGCCUCAGGUGGAGCUGCUCGGCCUCCCCGCCGGAGACUACGUGGUCCGGGUCCGCUGCCGGUCCCAGAACAGCGGUCUGUGGAGCGCGUGGAGCGCCGCCAUGCCGAUGAGCCUCCCCGCCGGGCCGCCGGCAGGAAACCUCCUGGUUCUGAUCCUGGUGACGGGCGUCGCCGUGGUGGCUCUGCUGGUGAUCCUCUUCUUGGUCGUCCCGCAGGGAAAAAGAAUAAAAGACUACUUCCUGCCGCCUGUUCCAAAGCCGAGGAUCAUCGGCGUCGACCCGCUGCUCCUGAAGAAGGGGAACCUGGACGAGAUCAACCGUCACUUCAGGAGCUUCCACAGCUUCAGCCCCCCGAGCUACGCGGAGGACGUCUGGGUCCAGGUGAGCAGCGCCGACAUCUUCCCCGCCACGCCGAAGGACCUGACAGGGCGCGGCGAUGUCACCCCGUGUGACCGGAUGCCCCCCCCCCAACAGCAGACCACCCUCCGCCCGCCGUCCUACGUGCGGAGCGUGUUGCCCAACUGCUCCUCCGUCCCCCCAAGGUGACCCGGCCCCGUCUACGUGGUCGAGGCCCGAGGUGGUGUCCCUGCCGGGGUCAGUGUACAGCGCGAUGGGACGUCCCGGUGCCGUACCCCCGCCUCCCGGCGCCACCAACUACUCGCAUCAGGAUUUCUACACCUGCGUCCAGCUGAUGAACGAGAGCGGCGAGGUGCACCUGGUGCCCUGUCUGCCGCCGGCCUACUGCCGCGAGGCCCCGCCCCUGUGGAAGGUCGCAGGGGAGGAGAAGGGGGUGGAGCCGAAGGUGGAGGAGGACGAGGAGGACGAGGAGGAGGAGGAGGAGAAGAUGGCUGACCGCCGAGCCAAGACCCACCAGAGGAACGAUGGCGGCGAAGGGGAGAGGAGCGAGGUGGUCCCUUUGCUGCCCGUCGCCGUGGGCAACCAGGACUGAGCGCAGGGAGGGACUGGAUUGGUUGUUUCUUUGCCGAGUGGAACCUGAAGGUUACCUUUUAAAUAUAUAAAUGGAGUAUUUCUGCCCGCUGACCAUUAUUGAAUACUAUUGACCGUUGUUGGCUAUUAUUGACUUAUUAACCAUCAUUAACCGUUAUUAACGAUUGUUAACCAUUAUUAACCGUUGUUAACCAUCAUUAACCAUUAUUAACCGUUGUUAACCAUCAUUAACCAUUAUUAACCGUUGUUAACCAUCAUUAACCAUUGUUAACCAUCAUUAACCAUCGUUAACCGUUGUUAACCCUUGUUAACCAUCAUUAACCAUUGUUAACCAUUGUUAACCAUCAUUAACCAUUGUUAACCAUCAUUAACCAUUGUUAACCCUUGUUAACCAUCAUUAACCAUUAUUAACCGUUGUUGUCAAUCUUCUACGGUCGAUGGUCCUCAGCGAAGCUCUAAACUGUUUCUCUCUUGUGUUCAACGUCUUGAAGUUUCCUUUUAUGUGUCUUUUUGUCUCGCCUGACGUGUGUGUGUGUGUGUGCGUGUCUGUGUGUGUGUGGUGUGUGUGUGUGUGUGCGUGUUACUGUUCGUUGUUUCUUUCUCACCUUUUUAUUGUGACAAAAGCACUUUGGAGCUGAAGGCAUAAAAAGUGAAUCUGGAGGCUUAAA